CACACACGAACACACACACAAUAUUCGGGAACGCUAGAGGCAGUCGCGUAACACAAGACGCAUCCAGACUCUCUAAAUAGCCCAGAGCACCGGUUGCGUUACAUAACGGGGAUGCUCCACAAACGUUGUAUAUAUAUAUAUAUAUAUAUAGGAAUAGGCUAUAAAUUCACGCGCAUUGCAUAUUAAUUUUAUGAUGCGUCAGAGCAGGGAUGAUGCUUACUGACGUGAUCUGGGUUAAUCGUUCAAUAACAAAAUGAAACUUACAGUAUUAGCUAUCAUUAAAAUAAAAAGGCAUAGGCUAGUUUAUGUUAGAUUUGGAAAUGGCUUUAAAAUGUAAAAAAAAAAAAAAUGGCAGGAAAUUUGCUAUUCAAGUUUCAUUAGAAAAACACACAUACAAACAUUUGCAGAUAAUUUAACAGCAUAAAUACAUAGCAAAUAGCAUUAUACCUUAUUGAACUGAACAAUAUUGAAGUAUUGCGACAUUCUAUGAUAGAUAUAUGAGCUGAAACGCAUUUGAUAGCUUAUCGGAGGUUUGACUUUACAAACGAAAUGAACACAAAACGAUGUCAUUUUUAAAGAGCAAAUUACAAAAUGCAGGAACACUUGCGCCACUAGUCAGUAGCCUACUUACUGGUUGUUUUAACCACCCCAGCUGUUCCCUAAAACGACCCCAAAAUAUGACUAUGCACAGUCAUUUUAUUCCGUAUUUGAGCAAAAUGUAAGACCGUAAAACUGAGCGGCUAUCCGAGCGGCACGCACAGCGGGUUGCGAUCCUCUGACAAGCCUCUGGUGCCUGUUCCAGUGGGGGCGGAGCGAAGAAUAGGAGUAGAAAGUGAUCGGUUCGCUCUACUGUCAAUCAAACAUUUCCACCAAUGAACCCAAUGAGCUGUUAAAGGGCCGGGUUCAUAGGUACGCCUCCCCCGAAGGUUGCACCGCCUAGUGUGUGCGUAUUUUAUUUUUUUUGUAACCAAAGCUUGGAUGUGUAGGACGUCACAUGUUGUUUUUCCUCUUCACUCCAGUCACUUAGCGAUAUGUGUUAUUUACUGUUAAACCGCUCCUCGCAGCGAACGCGCACUCCGAGCCGGGUCCACAAGAGAGUCUGACAGGAUUAUAACUGACUGACAGCACAAGUCAAGCAAAAGUGAGAGUUUUUCUUCACAGCAUAUAUGAGAAUGGCGAGUCCGCCGCCGACGGGAGGACAGCUGAUUUCAAAUAUGACCGUGAAGAACAGCAACCACGUUAAGAAAUGCGGCUAUCUGAGGAAGCAGAAGCACGGACACAAGCGCUUUUUCGUGCUGAGGGAGCCGAGCGAGGGCUGUCGCGCCCGGCUGGAGUAUUACGAGAGCGAGAAGAAAUGGAAAAACAAGUCGGCUGCUAAACGGGUUAUACCUUUGAGCUCGUGCCUGAACAUCAACAAGAGAGCCGAUGCCAAACACAAACACCUGAUCGCCCUUUACACCAAGGACGAGUAUUUUGCCGUGGCCGCCGAAAACGAGCAGGAACAGGAGGACUGGUACUCGGUCUUAACGGAUUUAAUGAACGAGGGGAAAGUGAGCGACGGCUCCGCGAAUAAUUCGGCGUCAUCCCUCGUCGGCUUUGAUGAGGCGAGCUACGGCGUGAUAACGCCCGUCUCCGCCACUUACACGGAGGUUUGGCAGGUCAAUCUGAAAUCUAAGGGACUCGGACAGAGCAGGAACUUAACGGGCGUUUACAGGCUGUGUUUAACCAGCCGGACGAUCAGCUUCGUGAAACUCAACACGGAGGCGGCGUCGGUGAUUUUACAGCUGAUGAACAUCCGCCGAUGCGGACACUCGGACAGCUUCUUCUUCAUCGAGGUGGGCCGGUCCGCGUCUAUCGGACCCGGCGAGUUGUGGAUGCAGGCGGACGACUCGGUGGUGGCGCAAAACAUUCACGAGACUAUUUUGGAGGCGAUGAAAGCCAUGAAAGAGAUGUCAGAGUUCCGCCCGCGCAGCAAAAGCCAGUCCUCAGGUAGCAACCCUAUCUCUGUGCCCACCAGGCGGCACUUUAACAACCUCCCGCCGAGUCAGACCGGGCUGAAGCGGCGCUCGCGCACCGACAGCAUGGCAGCGACGUCUCCAGUGGCGAAACUGACGUCCUGUAGGAUCCGCACGGCCAGCGAGGGUGACGGCACCACGGGCAGCCCCAUCAGCCCAGGCGUGAACAGGACGCAUUUGAGCCGAUCCAACACAGUGACAGCUCGCCCAUGCAGAACAUUCGAGUCGUCAUCCCUGCAGCAUAGCAAAUCCAUGUGCAUGCCUGUCUCUCACUCCCCUCCCUCAGCUCCCAGCCCUGUCAGCCUGUCCUGCAGCAGUAACAUAGAAAGCGGCCCUCGCCCCUCCAGCUGCACCGCUUCCAUUUCGGGCUCCCCCAGCGAUGCUGGCUUUAUCUCCUGCGAUGAGUGUGGCUCCAGCCCGGGUGAUAUACGGCACCUUUUAGCAGCAAACCGAAGCAACACACCCGAGUCACUUGCUGACACACCCCCCUCACAGGAGGGCACCGACCUGCACGGAUACAUGAUUAUGGAGAGGCCAAACAUCUGUGGACGGCGAAGCGUCCGGGCAGCAGCUGAGGAAGGCAAAGGAGAUUUGGAGAAUGCCUACAGGAAGAGGACACACUCUCUCACCAUGCCUUACCAGAAGAGGGUGCCAUCACAAGUGUCCUCAGCUUCACUGGAUGAAUACACGCUCAUGAGAGCCACUUAUACAAUUGGAGGCCAUUCGGGGCGCAGCUCUCACACCGCAUCCCCAAAGGUCACAUAUCCUGAGGAUUACGGGGACAUUGAAAUCGGAUGGUUACUGAAAAGUUCCAGCAGUAAUCUGGGCGACGAUGGCUACAUGCCAAUGACACCAGGUGUGGCUCCGCAAGGGGGGAAGGCUGACAACUACAUGCCUAUGAGCCCAAUGUGCGUUUCUGCUCCGAAGCAGAUAAUCAACCCCAGGACGCACCCCCUCACUAUAGCUAAUGGUUACAGAACCAAUUCCCCCAGCAGCUGUUCUCUGGAUGACAGUGGCUACAUAAGGAUUCUGUGCGGCUCUAAGUUCUCCAUUGACAGCUCAGAUGGGAAACUGACGAAUGGUGAGUACCUCAACAUGUCCCCUGUAGAUUCGGUCACGCCACCAGACUACUACCUGAGCCCUGUGGGUAUGGAGCAAUCUCCCUGUCUCCGACAGCUUCACUCGUUUAACUCUCUGCCCCGCUGUCAUAAGCCCCAGCAGGCUCUAAAGGAUGCGGACAAUGAUCAGUAUGUUGUCAUGAAUCCUCAAAAUCACAGAAUAAUAGAGGAGUCAGUAAGCAUAGCAUCCUCCCCUGCCCCAUCACCUAUAAGACAAAGCCGUACAGACAGCCUCAUCCUCCGGCACAGGAUCAGCCGGCCCACCCGCCUCUCCCUGGACAUGUUCCGAACAUUACCUAGUAUGAAUGAGCAUCCCCUCCCCCCUGAGCCAAAAAGUCCUGGUGAGUACAUAAACAUAGACUUUGGACAUGUUGCUGAAAGUUGCACUCCACCCUCCACUGCUUCCUCCGAGAGCCCAGUCUCAUCCCUCGGAUCAUCCGCUGAUCACAGGACAUCCCCCCUUUCUGAUUACAUGAACAUUAAUGUGAGUUUGCAGUCACCCAAAUCUGGAAAUGCUGCUCCAUCUAAUCGUUUGGAGCCACUUCCAGAGCUCACACCCUGCCCCGCCCACCCUGAGGAAGAGGAGGAAGACGAAAGGUACCACCUCACUGCACAGGUGGCACCAGUGGGCCCGGUUGACAAAGCUAAAGACGAUUACACAGAGAUGACAUUCGGCGUGCCUGCUUCCCCUCUGCAGCCUGUGUCGCAGCCCUCAGAAGGUGGGCAGACCAUCAACCCAUCCUCCUGCAUGCAGAGGCUGACCAUAGAAGAGACUGUGGGAGUGCCUGCCGUUGAGGCUUUUCUGCUGCGUGGCACCACUCUGGCCUUGGUGGACCCUGACCGAGGUGCCAAGGUGAUUCGUGCUGACCCCCAGGGACGCAGGCGGCACAGUUCAGAGACAUUCUCCUCAACCACCACUGUAACACCAGUUUUUCCCUCCUUUGCACAUGACGCCAGGCGGCACGGUUCGGCCUCUGUGGAGAAUGUGUCUGUUUCUGUGAGGAACAGCGAAGGAUCGGAUGAAGAGUAUAACAGUCCCAUGUGCAGGGAGACGUCGGCUGGCUUUCAGAAUGGACUUAACUACAUUGCCUUAAACUUGAUGGAUGGAGGACUUGACAGCUGUGAUUCUCUUGUCCGGUUCAAAGCUACCAGCUGCUGUAAAGAGGGCAUCAAUGGAAUACAUGCCAGUCCGUAUGCCAGCCUUGGGUUCAAGGAGACGGCAACAACAGUAAAAGACUAAACAGAGCCAGUCGCCUCAUUAAAGCUCCUUCACCUCUUCUCUCCGUCGAGAGGAGGAGAGGAGGCACUCGUGUGGACAGAUGGACCACGUUGCUGCUGCUGCUUCAGCUCUCCGCUGAUCUUUAACCUCCCGAAUCCAUUCAAAUGGCAGUCGUCACGGCAACACGGACACUUGACCCCAGUGCGAGGCAUGACGAUGACUCACAGAUACAGAGGCGGGACUUCCUGUCUAUCUGUUACUCACAACAAUCUCUUCCCUCAAUUUUUGUGUUACGGACCUUUUUCACUGGUUUUGUUACGAGCUCCCCCCCCCAAAAAAAACCAAACACGAAGAGAAACAUCCAGUCUGCACACGCACACAUACACCUGUCACACAAGUCGCUUAUUUAUUUACCCCAUGUGGUGGUAUGUGUGCAUGUGUUCGCGCACAAGCGGUUGCAACACUGCACAGAGGUGGCAUUUCAGAAAUUUACUCAACAAUUGGAAAUCGGAAAAAGCAGUCACUUGGAAACCCUACCUCAGAACGAGCCAGUUUAUGACUUACAAAAAGAUAUAUAUUGAGAAAUUAAUUUAUUUUUUACAAGUGAAUGUUUUCGUAAAAAACACCAAUCCAAAGCCUUACUGACUGUACUGUCAAACAGUGUUUCCUGGAGGACCUGCAUACACUCACAAGAGUAUCAAAGACAGCUGUUUGCCAUGGUAACUGAAUGUCUUUUACUGCAGCAGAGGAAGGUUUUGCACUGCAGUCAAAGAUCUAUGAAUGCUAUUUUGCAUUCUACACAGAUAUUUAAAUUAUUUUAAUAAUAUAAUAUUUAUCUGAGCUGGUAAAGGACCAGAUGGGUGGCCGCCUGCCUGCCAUCCCGCACACAUGCAAAGCAGGCUUCCAGAGCAGAGGAGUUAUCAGUUUUGGAACGAAGCCACACGCGAUUUACACACAACCCUUACGGUACGCUAGAUGAAUGAUGUUGUGCACCUCAGGUCAGAGAGAGGAGCACCUCACCAAGCCUAGGCACACUAGCACACUUUAAAUCACGGUCUUUACACCUUAACAACCCAGAAGCCUCUGCUGACUUGCCCUCUUUCACUGCUCUGAAUACACAGGCUUCCCUUCACCUUACAUCCGCACCCGUCGGCUCGCCGUUCGAGAGAGUGAUAGAUUCAGGGACGUCUCAGAAGGCCUGACACCAUUAAUGCUGCUCCCUACCAUCAGACAGGGAUAGACUCGUCAGAACCAAUGCUUUGUCUUGCACUUACAAACUCCUUAGAUUGUAACACAAGACACUUUUGAAUGUAGAGUAUUCUGGAGAUCUCCACAGGAGACCAAAUGCACGGCCUAAACAUCCACAAACAGACUGAUACUGAGGCAGAAUCAUUCAAACGCAAACAAGCGAAACAAAGUAAAACACACACAACUUGACUUAAGUAUAUGAAAACGUUUGCCUAGAAACCUGUACAUAAUGUAUUAAGAGAUUGCAACUGAUGUUUUUGUUAAAUAUGAUAACUUAUGUCUUAUAUAUGGUAUGUGUUUGAAUUAAUUUCCCCCAAACAACUAAAGCACUAAUGAAGGUACUUGCCAAAGCCUGAACUUUGGCCUUGCGCUUUUCUUUUCUAAUUCUUCAGUAUGUUUGUAAAAGUAUGUACGCUGUACGAUAAAUGCCACUUCAAGGGUAUUUGAUAAUGCUACAAUACAGAAGAAAAAAUAACUAAAAUUCAUUGAAUGAUACUUGAUAUUACAAAAAUAGGUACAAAUUCACAAACGGCAUAUGCAAUAUUUACAUUUUUUUAAAGAUUAGUUUACAGAAAUGAACCAAAUGUACAAAUACUGUGUUAAUAUAUUUAAAAACUUAAGAUUUUUUUUUUUUUUGCUGUACAAAUUUUUUUCUGCCAACUUAAAAUGGAAAACUUUGUUUUGCUGUUGAAUACUAACAGUAAUUUCAGCAGUGUUCUUAUGUGAAUGCUGUUUCUCAGUAUGGAAAGCUUGAAUAUUUCAAUGCCUGAGCAAGUUUUUUAUUUUUUUCCUGUGUCUUCCAUUGUAUAUACUUCAUAUUAUUUGCAUUGUGAUGCUACUUAGAAAUGAUAACUUAAACUUAGUGUAAUUAGCAUUGCUUUAGAAACUGUAUUGAUUCUGAAUAGCCACAUGCAAUAAAAAAGUAACA